GUGAUCAACGUCACGGAAUCCCGCUUUAACUUACAGACAUUUCUCGUUGCCGGGAGUAAAUAGCGGCCGGAGACGUAAAUUUUGCAAACGCCUGGCAGCCGGCCAGACAUUUUUCUUGCGAACCGUGACCGGUUACGCUCCAUGUCGUGCGCUACUACGCUAAUGAACACACCGUAUACCUUCGCGCUAUCGGAUACCAUCCAUGUCAUCUGCCCCCGUGGCGCCGUGUCUACCGUGCUUUAUGAUACCCUUCGCAAGUUCUCGAUCGCACGUUCUCACGUUACUGAUGUGCAUAGUUAUUCUUGAAUCAUGUGGCUUAGUGACGCAUUUUGCAGAGAUUUUCCUCGUUCCUAAUAGGACUAAUUUAUAUCUUUCCUCUUUAGUCUUUACCAUCUAAUAAACAUUUAUAUAAUGAAAUAUUUAAAAUAAGGGUAAAUGUAUACUACUUAGAUAGAGAAAUAGAGAGGGAAUUUGAGAUAUACUUUAUUACAACAUGAUUUUGACUUGUCAAAGAACCCGUGGUGGAAACGGCAAAGGUUUCGAAUGAUCACUUCAGUGUCGAUUUCUCCCUUCUAAUAUCGCUAAACGAUGACUACGAAACACGAGCCAACCCCUACGACGCCAAAGUCCGACGAACUGAACCCGAAUGUGAGCUCGGUGUAAUCUUACCGAUCGUUCCUUCUUAGAUACUACAUUUCUCCAUUCCCGAAUCGAAUCCGAAGCGGGUGGCAACGCGAUCGAUUCCUUGCUUGGCAAACGCGAUGUAGUGUCAAUUGUCAUGGUGAAAUUACCGUGCUGACGGUACCGGGAAAGAAGAAAAGAGACGAUGCUAUACGGCGAGCUAGAUUCGUGAUUGUUUUCGCGGGCUACGAGAAGAGGACCACGAAGAGCGAACGAAAGGAGAAGGAAAAGGCGGGCCGGUCUGGUGGGGCCCCGGCCAUGGGGGAGACAGCAUGUUCUCCGAGCUGUGCAGGGAGACCCUGCGGAAGGCAGCAGUGUGUUACUCUGCUCGUGCAGGAAGUCCAUCACCAUCGCCACCAACGUCUCCGCCGCCAUCACCCGCCAAGGAGGCAAAGACUGCUGCCAACUCUGACCUGGCAAAUGUCCGUGAUGUCAGCCACGAAGGAGCCAGAGACCAUCACCACCACCACCACCACCACCACCACCAUCAUUCAGGGACCACCGCCGGAAGGCGAGCGUCAUCGACCGGAAACGCCGCCAGCGAGCCCAGAGAUCCGGCCUCAGAAAGAUCGGCUUCAACCGAUCGUCCGAACGACUUCAGGGAGUACGUUUACGUCCGAAAACGACCGGCGAUGCCCACUGACUUCAGCAAACGAUUGCCCGGACUCGAAGCAAGAGAGGGACGACGUGGCGGCACGUGCGGUGCCGCCGAGUCUAGGGAGUCCCGAUCGGUAUCCCCCGAAAAAGGGACAGGACGUCACCACGAGAAUCACCGAGGAGGAGGAGGAGGAGGAGGAGGAGGAGGUGCCGGCACCGAAUACGGACCGGAUUCAAGACUUAGCCGACGAUCCCCAGGGUCGUCGCCUGAACCCGAGGACAACUCCUCAACUUCUGGCGACGAAGGUGAGUAUUCGCCGAAGUUGAUGGAAGCGUCUUAUCUUUCUUCUGCGGCGUCAGCUGGAGCCGCUCCUGAGGAAACUAACCAAAGGUCCAGUUCUGCACACAAUCGCCACUCUCUCACGAAGGAGCAAACAAUGCACUGGUUCGCCCAGAUUGGUGGUGAUUCUCUUCCUUUGACAGAUGUGAAGCGCCCGCGAAGUCUCUACGAUGAGGAUUCCCUCGAUGGCGAUCGUCCUUACGAGAAUGAAGGACGGGAGUCGACGGGAAGCUCGAAGGACUUGGACAGGGCGAAGCUUGUCCGCGAGAGGCAGAACGAGGAGCGGCAGCGGAAGUUGGAGGAGCUCAGACAGCAAGCUCUCGCCGCGCAACGCUUCCGCGAGCAGCGUGAGGAGGAGCGGCGAAGACGCAUCGAUGAACUCAGAUCUCGCGAUAACGACAGACGAAAUCAAGUCGAGGAAAGAAAACGGCUGAUAUGCGAGGCGGAGCGAGAGAGACGGGAGGCUAUCCUCCGCAAGAAUCAGGAAAGGGAGGCGCGCAUCGAGGCGAAGAGGAGGAACGAGAGGUCGCAUAUCGUCUUCGCGUUCGGCAGCUCCACGCCACGGAUGCUGGAACCCGCGGACACCGGCGGGGCCACCUUCUGGGGCACCCGUAGAGCCACAUCCACCACCAAUGUCAUGAUGUUCUCUGCUGCGCAGCCCCUCACCAGGAGGUCCUCCGAGAGGGAGCUGGACGGCAGCAAGAAACGGGCCACUUCCGCCGGUGGACUUGACCGGAAGCCGGGAGAAGAUAUGAGAAUGUCCUCGUCCAUGUACGAGGUGUUCAAUUGGAAUUCUAGCCCCGAUCCCCCCUUAACUCCUGCCAAGUAUAAGAGAGCCAGCCUCUCUCUGCCCCCCACAACCGACAUCUUUACCGUCGAUGAUAAAUCCGAUAGCGACACUAUGCGUCCCAUGACUCAACGGGUUACCAGUGGUGAUGAUAGCGACGGUGGCGGCACCCCCAGCACCCCGACCUCGGUUUACCUACGUGUGAACAGGCGACGCACCGACCUCAUGCCGACGAUACCGUCCCCGCGCGACGGCCCACCGUCGACGGCACGCAGCUCCAGCGCCAAGGCCUUCACACGCUCGCCAGGUAGGACUUACUCCAUGUCCAGGCUGGACCAGCUGGCGCAGCCUAGGAAACGCGCGACCGAGCAGCAGCUCGGCACGUUGACGGAGCAACAACAGAGCCAGCCUCUGCAUAGCGCUUCUAGCAUGAGUCGCAGCAUGUCGCACUUGGCCGCGCCCGGAGGAGCCAAGAGUCUAAAACGCUCCGAUAAUUCGCGUAGCAUGGGCACGCUGCCGGGCGCGGUACCUAUGCCCAGACCCACCCGCGCCGAAAGACUACGCCGUAAGGCCCGCGAGCACCAGCUGCAGGCCCAGCAAGGUAUCCGCAGCGGCGAAGUGACACCGAACAGCCCAUCCCGACCGCACAGCUCCAUGAGCCAGCAGAGUGCCAGCAGCGUGGGCAGCAGUAACGUCAAUCUGCGUACCCGCACGGCCGCGUCGCGCCGACCGCGGCCUGCUUCGAUUGCCGGUACCGGUGUCUCGGUCACAGAGAAACACAAUCUGAUGAUGGGUGACGCGAAAUUAACGAAGGAUUCAAAGCCACCACUGCCAAAGGUCCAUAGCACUCCAAAGAAACCUUCUACACCCAAAGCCAUGGAAGUGAGAAAACCGACGGAGAAAUUAAUCAGGAACGCCAAGUCAUCACCGCGAAUAACCCCGAAGGCGACUCCCCUGCAGAGUCCCGGAAUCGAGCACAUACCGCUCAUCCGCGAAGCUAACGUGGAAAUCAUAAAGCAGGAUGAGGGUAAAGAGGCGCCGAAUGUGAAAUCGGAGGACAAAAACGAGGAGAAGAAGGAUCAGGGUAGCGAAAAGGUGCAGCAGCAAGCGAAAGUUGUCGAAUCUGUAACUAAUGAUACAACGGUAGCGACGGAACCUGUGUCGGCAAGCAAACAAGUCAAAGACGAGACUAAUCUAAUGCAGGAGAACCUAUCGCAUACUAUGGCGGAAGAGCCAAAAGUUGCUAAGAAGGAGGAGAACAAACAGGAAAAGAAAUCGCCGGAAAUGCCGGAAGUCAAGCUUGAAGGUGAAGCGGAUGAGCAGGUGGACAUGUCAGCCUCCAUGAUCGCGAAAAUCAGAAUCACUACCGAAGAGGAGGCAAAAGCUGCUUUGGCCGAACGUAGGAGAUUAGCACGAGAACAAGCGGAACGAGAAGCGGAAUUGGAGCGCCAGCGACAGGAGGAAGAAGCGCGUCUAGAAGCUGAAAGAUUGCGCGCGGAAGAAGAGGAGCAACGUCGUUUGGAAGAAGAAACUAUACGUUUAGCUAAUGAAGCUCGAGAGGCCGAAGAACAACGAUUGCAAUUGGCAAUCGAGGAAGCUAAACGUCGCGAGGAGGAGGAUAGAAGGAAAAGAGAAGAAGAAGCUCGUCAGAAACAAGAGAAGGAAGAAGCUGAACGCAAAGCAAGAGAAGAAGCAGAAAGACAACGAAUCGAAAUGGCUGAAAGGCUUAAGAAGGAAGAAGAGGAGCGCAACGCCAGACGCAAACGAGUCGAGGCGAUUAUGCUUAGGACUAGAGGCAAAAAUCAAACCAAUACAUCCAAGGGAGAGGGCGGUGAUGGUGACAAGCUGAAAGAAGACAGCCCUAUCGAUGAGAGCAAACCGAUGCCAGACGGUAAAGACGACGACGUCAUGACAGCCAGUUUAAUUUCCGAGGCGACUCAGCAAUUUAUCAGCGGCGAGCAACGGGCACAUCACACGGAAAACAGCGUAUCUGCACUGGACAUAGUGCAUAAUGGCACGACACAUAGAAAUGGCAUUAACGAAAACAAAAUUGUGUUGGAUAAUAAUCAGGGUAACGUUGAGGGAGAGUUGAACGGUCAUCAUACAAAUCACGGGAAUGGUAUCAACAGUCAAUCGAUUACACUGGACAAUGCCACUGUCAAGCAAAACAACGUGACCAACAACCUGUUAGAUCUGUCGGACUUCGACACUCUGAGUAAUAACAGUAGUGGCUACGAUACCAGACCGAUACUAGAACUGACGCCCAAUCUGGCGAACGAGGAUACCCUCAACUCCAAUCUGAAUCCGACGGCCAUGCCAUUUACCCCAAUGGGAUACGUGCCUGCCGCCGCUAAUGCCAAUGUCAAUCCGUUCCAGGAUAAUUUCAUCAACAAGCAACAGGAUAACAAUCAAGUACCAGAUUUACUAUCAUAAGGUGUCUCUUAAAAGUUCCCAGACGAACAGAGAAAGAGCGGUUAGGCAGCCGAUAACUGAAUUGCUCAUGGCGAGCAGUAGUUAUAUUCGGAACGAGACGUUGUUGUUUAUGAUAAUGUAAAUAACCGCCGUCGCGCGACGUAUCACAUGUAAAGGGGAUGUCUCGAUGAAUGAGAAGGUGCAAAGACUAUCCCUGGGCCCCACAAUCAUGCCGAGCUCUGAACAUCGUCAUCGGGAAGGAAGUGUAAAAUAAUAUAUAAUGUUAAUUAAUUAUUAUUGCAACAGCAAGUGUGGACACUCAGUUUGUGUGUCGUAGUAUGCUAUUAGGCAAAUGUAUGUAACUUUCUAAAGGAAGGGAGGGGGUUUGAGGCCUGUUUGUAACACAUCAUUCUCAGAUGUUCAUACACGAACAUAUUUUACGAUAACGAAUCGAUAUGAAAUUAUUUUCUCUCUCACAUACACGUGCAAACAUACAUGCAUACACAUACGAUUUCGCCCUUAUCACAUACAUACACACAUGCGUGUAUAGAUUACAAUAACGUUUUUGUGGUAUUGAUAGAGAUGAGAGAAUUGAAAAUUGAAAAUACACGAUAAAGCACAAGAAACACACAAAAGAAGGAUAAAAAAAUAGGAGUCGGAUCAAACGCUGAAAACGUAUCUGCCAAAACGACAGAUUAAAGAAUGUCCCUAACGUAUAAGAGAUAACGUAGCUAUCUUAUAACAAUUUCACGAGCGGAUCUAAGCACGUUAUUGCGUUCGACACGAAAGGCAUUCUGCAGAUACGAGAUGGGGGAAAAGUAGCACAGAUAGAGAAAAUGAAAACACUUUUCUUCCAUACCAGAUUUUGGGGCGUGCGCUCACUAGUCAAGCAAUCUUACUGUUUUUUUUUCUUUUCUUCCUUUUUAUUUCAUUUUAGAGGGCCUACUUAACAUUGGUAUAUACUCUAGGUAUUCGCUAGACUUCACUAUCGUUACGUUUUUUCGCGGAUCGUGCAAAUUCUCUAGCUGUGAUUAUGACGAUGACGAUAAUGCUGAUUGCUUUGUGAGAUAGCCGCUGCAUAAGUUAACGGUGAGUGACGAUCUAGUAACGUUAAUUGUAAGAAUUGUUACGCGAGAGGUACAGAUGGAAUUUAAUUGCACUUUAUUCGACGAAGAUAAAUAUGAUUGAUAUCAUAAUGUUAAUACAUAACGCAAAUAUUGCUGUAAUCGUCUAAAGAGUGCGAGUUUUACAUGUCAUUAUUUACAACAUAAAAUAUUAUGAGACGUGGAAUAUAUCGGUAGCAUGCUUUAUAUUUUGCGCUCGCCCUAUUUCACGAUAUUACGUGUAGAAUUCGGCGACAGAUUAUUUAUAACGCAGGAUGCAGAAACGAUCAUUUCUGUUAUUCUGAUUUUAUUCGGGAAACAUGAUUGAAAGAAACGAUUGUCGAUACUAGAGGAAUGAUAGGAUUAGUGUACAGAUUGUUAUUCGAUUUUUUCAUACAUUUGCGCGCGAGAUUUAGCGCACUCCCUUUUUUCUCUCGCUCUUUAUCCGAAUUUUAUCAUAAUCAUAUCGGCGUAGAGAAUUCAACGAAUUGCGUGUGGUGUAAAAUUGAAAUUUUUCUCAUUAACGUCGUUUUUGUUUAAGCAAGAUUUUUCUUCGCAUUUGCGACUUGUUUUUCAUCGGGCGCCGGAAGAAAUUCUCUUAUCCGCAAAUAAUCGAUAUAUUUUCUUAUGAACGAUUAAUAUAUAUUUUUAUCAAGAAUUGUUAGAACGAGCGUCUUUGUACAGAAUUGCACCGCAAGUCGCUUGCUCAUACGGUGAAAAUAUCCUAAUUAAAAAGAAUAUGAAACGGAUGAUAGACAAUCCGAAACCGUGCAAAGUGACAGAUUUAUAGACACGUUUUAUUGCCCGUUCUCACACGAGAAAUUCUGCGUUUGUCUUAUAAAAAUUUCAAUACUGUAACGGACUGAAAACGCCCGAUUCAGUUACAAUUUGUUGUAUGAAACUUAUUUAUAUUAGUUCUUUUUCGACAAUAUUUAUUAAUCGUUUGGACACCAUAUAUACCCCUGCGUCACGUGUACACUUAUACUAUUUUUAUUAGAUUUGGUUGAGAUUCUAUUAAAACUAUUCUAUAAGAAUACCUAAUAAUAAUGGUAAUUAGAGUACGAGAGAAUGUUUCUAAAUAUACAAUAAUGAAAAAUGCUAAAUAUCAUCAGUCAUGUCUAAAGAAACUUCAUAUUGUAAAAAAUGCUUGUAUGUAAUAAAUACUUAAUACAGAAAAAAA